AGCCUCCUCCCCCUCCUCCUGCCCAAACAGAGGGAGAGAGAGAAAACUUGUUUUCAUUCAUAACUUUUUCCUUUUCCUUCCUCUCCGUCAACUAUUUAUUCACCGCUUCUCCCAGCUCGGAUUGCAGAGGGCGCAGCUCCACCGUCGUAACUUGCAGUGUGGGGACGCUUCUCUGCUGCCCCUGCCCCCGGCUCAUUUCUUCCCGGCUCUUUAGGAAUCCGGCUUUUCCUUUAAAGUGUAGACAGAUCUUUAUUUCUGACUCUCCAUGCCUUGGGCUUGCUUUUGGCGCCUGCAUUAGCUCUCAAGGCUCUCCACGAUCUGUAAGAAAUCUUGGCGAGAUACGCAAAAAUGGGUCGGAAAUCCACGGUGAUCCUUAGGAUGUGAUGGGACUGUACGAAAAGGAUUUCAGAUGCAUGCCAGGUUUCCACUGAUUGCCAGAAUUCGAGAUCACUACACAUGGAUCCCCAAAAUCAGCAUGGCAGUGGCAGUUCAUUAGUUGUGAUCCAGCAGCCUACAUUGGAUAGCCGUCAGAGGUUAGACUAUGAGAGAGAAAUUCAGCCUGCUGCUAUUUUGUCUUUAGACCAGAUCAAGGCCAUCAGAGGCAGCAAUGAAUACACAGAAGGGCCAUCAGUGGUGAAAAGACCUGCUCCUCGAACAGCACCAAGACAAGAAAAGCAUGAAAGGACUCACGAAAUCAUACCAAUUAAUGUGAAUAACAACUAUGAACACAGACCUACAAGCCACCUGGGACAUGCAGGACUCUUAAAUAAUACCCGAGGCCCCAUUUUGAGCAGAUCGACCAGCACUGGAAGUGCAGCCAGUUCUGGGAGCAACAGCAGUGCCUCUUCAGAGCAGGGACUGUUAGGAAGGUCACCACCAACCAGACCAGUGCCUGGCCAUAGGUCUGAAAGGGCAAUCCGGACCCAGCCUAAGCAACUGAUUGUUGAUGACUUGAAGGGUUCCUUGAAAGAGGACCUGACACAGCACAAGUUUAUUUGUGAACAGUGUGGGAAGUGCAAGUGUGGAGAAUGCACAGCUCCCAGGACCCUGCCAUCCUGUUUGGCCUGCAAUCGUCAGUGCCUUUGCUCUGCCGAGAGUAUGGUGGAAUAUGGAACCUGCAUGUGCUUAGUCAAGGGCAUCUUCUACCACUGCUCCAAUGACGAUGAAGGGGAUUCUUAUUCGGAUAAUCCUUGCUCCUGUUCACAGUCACACUGCUGCUCUAGGUACCUGUGUAUGGGAGCCAUGUCUCUAUUUUUACCUUGCUUACUCUGUUAUCCUCCUGCUAAGGGAUGCCUGAAGCUUUGCAGGGGGUGUUAUGACUGGAUCCAUCGCCCAGGAUGCAGAUGUAAGAACUCCAACACUGUCUAUUGUAAGCUGGAGAGCUGCCCCUCCAGGGGUCAGGGUAAACCAUCAUGAUUUCUGGAAGUGCGUUGGACCUCCUGAACUUCUAGCUUUCAAGCUGUGGCUGUUGAAAAGAUUCUAUGACAUACUGGUUUUAUUUUCUCUACAAUUUUCCCACCUUUCUUCCCCUGUUCCUAAGGUUUGACUCAUGGAUCUUACUCUUCUCUAAUGGAUGAUCUUCAGUAAGAGUGGACUGUGAAACUGCACCUGGCUCCCACUUACGACAGGAGCCUCUGCCAUCCACGCAGGAGGGUAUUGAGAGCCAGUGGGCUUUUGUGUAGCCGUUUUGUUCUGCAAGCAACUUUUCAAAAAGUUGUUGUAUAAAUGAACAUACCCACACACAUACCCAGUCAAUCUGCAGUGAUUUAGAGCUGUUUUUGAUUGGGUACUCUGGGAGCAGGGAAACUGGUUUUUAAAGAAACAACAUUUUUAUUGCUUAAUUAAGCUAUGUGUUAAGUUUGUCUCCAGUUAGGGCUGUCUUCAUAGCAUUGGCCCCUUAAGAAGCAUGGGGGGAUAUAUUUUUGUUAUAACAUAAAAAUUUUCGUUUAACCACUGCCCUCUCCUUGCCCCUCAAAGUUCUUUCUUUUUUUUUCUGGAGAUGCCAGGUAUUUUUCUUUUCCUAUGUAAUUUUAGAUUUGCUUUACAAUAUAAAUCUUCACAUUGGAGAUAAAUUGGUUGUUUCUUGCUCAUCUUUAUUCUAGCUUUCAUGUUUGUGAAGGACUCAACUACCUUCCUGCCACACCCCACACUUUUUACCAAAUUUCUCAUCAUUGAGGGCACUUGGAUAACUGAAGUUGAUAUUUACAGCUGAUCAAUCUAUGGGUGUCACAGAACUAUGCUGCCUAAAGUGAUCUUGGCCCUUUAAUGGUCCUUUUGGCCCUUUGGUUAGCUAACAGCUGGGUAAUUCUAAUUUUUUCUGUGUUUUCAUUGCCUUAACCACAAAUUGUGGUGCUUUUUUGUAUAUUUUAUGUAUAAAUCACAAAGUUGAAUUCUGACUAUUUUUAAGACAAAAGUCUGUUAAACUUUUUUAUUGUAAAGAAUAUUUAUUAUGCGAAUCUAUUAUUUUAUGAUAUUUAUUGCAAAAGACUGUUGAAAUGUACUCAUGUCUGAAUAUAACAAAAUAUCAAUACGUAACGGAAAGUAAGGUGACACGAAGAAAGUACCUAUGUUAACUAUAAUGCAGAAAAUAUAUUAAUUAAUGAAACCGUC